GUUCCCAGCAGGCUGUGUGGGAAUUUGUGAUGAAAGUGAACUCACCUUCAUGAUUUUGGUGGUGGUGGAGCGGUGUCGUCAGCUGGACAGUUCCCGAAAGUAGAGCCGUCAUUGUCGUUUACAUAACGUAGUACGGUGGGGCCGAUUAAUAAGACUUUGUGAUAUAAGAUGAAUGAAGAUAGGGACAAAGAAGAUGACCCAAUUGUAGAUUUUUGGAUAACUAAUUGGGAGCAACAAUGCGUUCAACAUCUUGAAAGUGAACCUGACUAUGAAGGGCAGCUUCAAAGUGAACGAGACUUGGCACUUCAAAAAGUGUGGUUUUCUUUUCAGAACACUGCUACAUCUAUAGCACAGUUGUACAAAGACCGACUUCAGGGUGUGUCGUUGUGGGUACCUUUUCAAACAGCCGCUGGUACCGUAACGUCUUUAUAUAAAGACUCUUCAGAUGCUAUUCGGCGUACAAGUGAAUUGGGCAUUCAGUGUGGCUACCAGCGGCGGAACAAAGAAAUUCUUAGUUGGGCACGUAAAAAACGUAGACAUAUUCGGCGGGAGGAUCUGUUGGCUUAUUUAGCAGGAAAAUCUCCACCACCACGACCCCAUCAUCAUAGAAAUUCGCCUCGGCCAAGGAUGUUGCUUGCAGAGCGUCAUGGUUCCCCAAAUUCCCAUCAAAUGGAAGCACACCAUCAUGAUCUGCACCACCAUGCCAGUGUGGACACCGCGUGUAAUAAUGCCGAUGACAACCUGCAUACUUUUCGGGAAGCUUUGGCACUUUCAAAUUCUACAGUGGGCUUAGCUAGGCGUCAACGCUCAUUGGAACUGAGUUCAUUCAUUGCCAAUGAGUUUGCUCGUCAUUGCAAGCGUCCAGCACCACCUAGCUCACCCCAUGAUGUCACGAUGGAUUCACCUACCCAUAAACGAUCACGGCUUAUGUAACUGAAAACAGUAAAAUGAUAAGGCUGAGGAUCAGUUUGAAAUCGCUUGUGUUUUCCCUCCCUGCCAGAAGUCUGCACAUAAUCCCACCACUGAUGGCAACUUGACAGAGAAGAGGAUUCAGAAAACCAACAGUCAUAGACACUUCACUAUAAUUGCACAUUAAACAUUGCAUUUGAAGUUACAGGACAAGUUUAAAAAAAAAGUUUGGUGUUAAAUGGACAACUGCUGGCCAAGUCCACCAUGAUGCCUUGUGUUCUGCCUUCGUAGCAGUCUUUAUUCAUUUCUUGACAGGAGCCGCGU